UUUCAUUUCGUUUUGGUUUCAUUAGUCAAUGACAAUAAAUCUGUUUAAUUAUUAUUCUUACUUCCAAUAUUUGUGCUUUCUUACAAUAAUUACGAUUGUGUUUAUGGAUUGAUAUCUCUUUUUAAUCUAUUUGUAUUUUAGAUUAACUGGAUCGGGCCUUGAAAACCUUUUCGUUUGUCAUCUCAAAGAGUCUGUUUACUUUGUGUGUGUGUGUGUGAAUGCCAAUGUUUUUCCAUCAAUCUUGUAUCAUCACUAUCAUUCUAUUAUUAUCCUAAUUCAUUGAAUGGUCAUUGUUGUUACCACUAAAUGGAAUAUAAUGUGUGAAUCUGGGAGGGAUGAUCGGGGACUAAUUUGUGGUGCUGUUGAGGACUCAAGCUCAAGAGAUGAUUUGGAUGCUCUUCUACCAGCAUCAUCGGACUGUAGUAAAAUCAAGGCUGCCAUUGAACAUUAUCAGGCUAAAAUUAUGAGGACCAAAGAAGCAAUCAAAGCCGAACAGACUUCCCGAGACGAGAAUGUCAAUGAAUAUCUUAAAUUAGCAGCGAACGCUGAUAAAGUUCAAACUCAGCGGAUUAAAAGUAUGUUUGAGAAAAAGAACCAGAAAUCUGCUCACACAAUAGCCCAGUUACAAAAGAAAUUGGAUUCUUACCUGAAAAGGAUUCGUGAUAUUGAAAAUUAUGGUAUUCAAGCUCUCCAUCAACAUAGUCGAUCUAAAGCAAUGUUGAGUAAUGUUGGUCAUGGACUUAAAGGUGUCGGCACCAACAUUAAGGAAGGUAUUUCUGGUCUUUCGGAAGGUGUUAUUGGUAGCAUUAAAUCUUUCUCGUCGCCCAACACACAUCAUUCCUCAGGUGAUAAUUACAAUUCGAAACCCAAAGACUGUUUCAAGAAUAAAAUUGGAAGUGUGGACAAUUUAAAUUCUGUUGAUAACUCAAUAAAUGAGAGCUCAAUAGUGAAUGAAAGCGAUGGAAAUGAAGUCAAAGAGUCAAAAUCAUCCGGUGUCCAUAACCAAGGGGGCUCAGUGUUCUACACCCAUAGUCACACUCACAGUCAUAGUACCAAACACACAUCUGAUGAAAGUUCGAGUAUAACUUCAGGAUCGGAUAACAUUGGUGCUAUACCUGGACUGGUUACUUCAGGUGGUUCCUCUGCAAGUCCAGCUAAACAACUUUAUCAAACAUUUGACAGUCAACUUGUUAGCCAAAGUGGUUCCUCUCAUAACAUUAAUGACCUUGAAGCGAUUUUAUCUCAAUUGAGAGAACGCGAAGGCGAUUGCCAGCGAAUAGCCGAAGAAAUAGAAGCUGUGAAAACAUCAUUUCAAGCCGAGUACAGUUUAAUCAACCAAAGUCUACAAGAAGAGCGAUACAAGUCAGAGCGUCUAGAAGAACAAAUGAAUGAUCUGAUAGAGCUUCAUCAAAAUGAAAUCGAAAACCUGAAACAAAAUAUUGGGGAUAUGGAGGAAAAAGUUCAGUACCAAAGUGAAGAGAGAUUAAGAGACAUUUACGAAAUGUUGGAAAGUUGUCAAACUCGGAUAUCUCGUAUGGAACAUCAACAACAUCAACAUUUACAGCAAUUAGUUAAUCUUGACUCGUUGGAAAAUUCGAAUGCUCGUGCACUUGUUCUUAAACUAAUCAAUGUUCUUUUAACUGUACUCCAAGUGAUUUUACUCUUGGUCGCUACUGUAGCCAACAUUGUGACACCUUUUCUCAAAACAAGGAUUCGGUUUCUAACAACAAUUUUUAUUCUGGUCAUCGUGAUGAUAUUUGCUCGACAAAAAGCGGAAUUUGUUUUAUGGUUUCAAACUCGAAUUAUCAAACGAUUUCCAAUCAUUUUGAAGCUAUUGCCUGAGGAUGUGGUCAUUGAUGGAUAAAAAUUCAAAUAAAGAAAGUCUUAAGUAAUGAUUUGGCGUUGAUGAGACAGCAGCUAAAUCUACACUCUCGAUAGUUUUAAACAAAAUGAAGCUGAAAGAUCAAAUUAUUACUAACGAAACAAACAAAUCCCUUUGUGAUUGAUACGAUUUAAAGAUUACAUAUGGAAGAAAGGAGCUCUUGAGAAUCACUAUUAUGUCUUUACCACUUUUAUCUUACGUUCCUCAUCCAUUCCUUAACUCUCUCUCUCUCUCUCUCUCUCUCUCUCUCUCUCUCUCUCUCUUAUCUUUUCCUUUUUUCCCUGAUCGAUGCCUACCAAUCAAAGAUUUUGCUUCAAAUUGCGACCAAGUUUUCUAUUAAUCACAGAAUGAUGAGCAGUUCUUCAGAUCCAUUCAAGUUGCUGCAAACAAACAUCAAGCAUAAUCAUGGAAUCUUAAACAAUGCCAAUGACAAAACAACAACACGUUAUCAUAAUGAGCAUCAGCUGACACGAAAGGCUGCAGUUAUAUAGCCAUUAGUUACCAGAAAUUAGCAGAUGAACAUGAAUAAUAAUAACUGAACAAUUGAAGUGAUUAAAUUACUUGUUUUGACACAUUGGUUUUAAUUAUGAAGGAGGAAAGCAAACGCAGAGUAAAGACCAGAUGACUAUGUAAUUGUUGGUAAAUCUAAGCGUUUGCGAUGUCUAUAUACUCAUCACUUUCUUCCAGAUAUUUUGGGAAGAAUGGAAAAUCUCCUGAACCAAGGGAACGCCAUGUCCUUGUACCUGUAAAAUUGCGACUCAAGAGUCAUCAACAUUUGGGAUAAACUGUGAUAGAUGAUCUCUCCGAUUACUUAUUUUAAUUAUUCUAAUUGCUCUCACCUUUCACUUCAUCAUUUCUUUUUAUUUCUUCUAAAAAGAUCCUAUGUCUCUGACCUAAUCUUUUAUAUGUAUACAUACGAAUAGUCUCUAUUCAAGCCCAUUUAUAUUUGUUCUCACCUUGUCAACAUCUACACUCACCAAACAUACACUUUCGAUUCGUACACAAUCUUUCGCCUUUUGCUAAUUAUAACAAUCAAACACA